AACACAGAAAUACAUUCUUCUUUAGCCGAAUAUAUGCAAAAUGCUCACAGCCCUCCGCAAACGCCUUCCCAUCAUAAAAACAGUCCCAAAACAUCGCUACCUAACCUCAAAAUCACAUGUAUCAGAUGCAAGCACAAUAUCGACCUCAUUCCUUUCGCACCACCAAUCCCUCGGCCCCAAACUACGCACCCAAUAUCUCGACAGUAAUCAAAUGCAUCUGCUCACUCUCACUCUAAACCGACCACACCUCUACCCUGACUAUCCCACCAAACCACCUACUAAUAACGUACCCAUUCCACCAGGGUAUCAUUUAGUCUACUUCACACCCUCGUCCCUUGAAUCCGAGCUAGGCGCUGACGGGACUGAUACAUCUUAUAAUCCGGCGGCGCCAUUUACGCGACGCAUGUGGGCUGGAGGAGAGAUAUCAUGGCCUCGCACUCAUAAUCCCAAUGGUGAGGGUAGAGCGAAUUUGUUAAGAAUUGGACAAGAAGUCACUGAAACCACGAGGGUGGUUAGUGCGGAACCGAAGACGGUACGCAGAACAGGGGAGGAGAUGAUUGUCGUUGGUGUUGAGAAGAGGUUUGAGAAUGAGGGGGGUGUCGGGGUUGUUGAUCGGAGGAACUGGGUAUUUCGAAAGACGCUUUCAGAUUCUCCUCAAGAGAGGAACAGGAUUGAUAACACAUCACAACCACUUACAAAUCAACCAAAACUUACAACUCAAGAAUCAAACCCAAAUCUUCUCCACAAGCGUGUCCUUUGCCAAACACCAAUCUCCCUCUUCCGUUUCUCAGCGCUAACCUUCAACGCACACAAAAUCCACUACUCCGUCCCAUGGGCGCAACAAAUCGAGGGUCAUCGCAAUAUUGUCGUUCACGGUCCCUUGAAUUUAAUCAAUAUACUAGAUUUGUGGCGGGAUGUGCAGUACGGCAAGGCACAGCAACGGGAUAGAGAGGAGAUUGUCCCUGAGAGGAUAGUGUAUAGAGCUACGAGUCCGGUUUAUGUUGAUGAGGAGUAUGAGAUUAUUCUAAAAGAAGAGACUGAAAGCGGGGUGAGUUGGGUUAAUGUGAUUAAUCACGAAGGGGUCGACUGUAUGAAAGCCGAGAUCAAGGCAUAA